AUGAUACCACUUCACGAAGACGCGCUGGGAGUCUGGAUGAUGGGUAGUCUCGUUCUGUCGUCGCCGCCAGGGUUCUUGGUGUGUACGCAUCCACGUGCUACACGGGUUGUGAUGCUUGCCUUCUUCGAAGCAUAUCUCGAAGGGGAAAUUAUUGCGAUUGUACCUCCGUAUCUACGAAUGCUCAAGUACAUCGCUGAGAAGACUCUACUUCUCCAGCUUUUAGAGCACAGUGAGGAUAAAACAAACCCGGAUGUUUUGAGUCGGGAACUGGUAGAAGGGGCCAAGCGGACUAGUUACGAGGCCGAUACGAGACAAUUGACUUUCAUUCUUCCCGAUCAAGCGGCUGCUACGAGUUGGCAUAAAAAGUCAGUUUUAUUUUUCGGGAAGCGCCUUCAACUUUUGUGUCCCGCUAUUUUGGAUCACGUAGACAUGACUGCUUCCUCAAUACCGGCGUUAUCAAGCGGUCGUAAUUUGUUACAGUAUCAAAUUCGGGUUCUCGCCAAUGGAGUGGCGGCCAGCACGUUUUUGCCAUUUUAG